UUGAUGGGAGGUCUCGUGGUAUAUUAAGGUGCGUUUGUUUUCCUUUCGUAAAGGCAUUUGAUUGGUUCAAUGCGUAGCCUAAUCUGAGCGAGUGCACAUUGAGUGCAAUGAGAAGUCUGUUUUACUUUUCCUUAUUAGUCCAAAAAUAACAUCAUUGGAUACACUUAAACAAAUAAUAAUAUUACAUUACUUUAUGUUCCUAGGCUGCGAGCCUACAUCAAUUCGAUUCUGGGACAUUCGGCCUAGGCUAGGCUACUCAAUAAAUAACAUAAAUAACAUGUAUAAAAAGUGAGUGUAGACCAAAAAGUACAUUUAACCCAUACUACCGACUAGGGUCCCAAGAGGGGAUCUUUUUUUAAAUAUAUGUUUUUAUCAUAACCCAAAUGUGUUUGUUUUUUAUUCUUCUGAUUUUUCAUGACUUUGUCAACCAACUUGAUCUAAAUCAUUAUUUAAUGUUUCUGUACUUUAAAAAAAAUCUAAUCCUCUGGGGUAAUUUUGACCCCAGCCCAAAACACUAAUUCUGCCUAUGGUAAUUUGAUAGAUAUGUCCUUUAUUUGAAUGUAGGUUUCUCUGGAGACAUAAUACCAAGUUAUCCAUAUCACCAGAGGGUGGAGGGGGACCUGUAUCAGUUAUUUUGACCAGAUAGACAGAUAAUCUGUAGAGAUAUAGUUCUCCAUGUACUUGCCUAAGAUUGUACUUUUCUAUACAACAUCGUAUGGCUGUGUACAAAACCAAAAACAACCUUAUUUUUGUGCCUUCUGGUUUCUCUGGAGACAUAAUAUUAAGUUAUACAUAUCCUCAGAAUGUGGAGGGGGACCUGUUGGAGUGAUCUUGGCCUGAUAGACAGAUCACCUGCAGAUAUGGAGAACCUAAUGUACUUGCCUAUGGUUAUAACUAUGUAUGAACAUGUACAAAAUAAAAAAAUUACCUUAGAUAUAUGCUUAGUUACAGUCAAAACAGCUCAUAAAAGUCUGUCCGUGGUAUGAAUACUAGGUAGAACUGUAAUACAGAAACCAGCUACCCUCUGAAUGUGUACAUAGUGCUGUAUUGGUGUGUAUUAGCAGUGCUGGCUCAUUCAAUAUUGUCCAAUAUUCAAUAUGUGCAACUUGUGAUAUUUUGGUUGCUAUACCAUGUGGUUUGAAGUGACUUUGAGGAUUUGUGCAUGCUUUUUGAAGCAUCCUGCCAUAGGCUCUACCACAUUGUUUCACUUCCAGUGAUGCUAAUGCUGGCUGUGGGGUAAGUAAAUAAUGAAAGCGUAGACAUAUAUUUUUUUGUCAUUGGCUCUCAGGAUAAAUGGAUGAAUCACUUUUUGUCAAUAAAAUUAAAUAUAUUUCACAUUUUGGUGUACUUCACCUUUUAAAUGGAAGUCAUUUUUACCCCUCAAAUAUGACAAAAUUAACAUUUACUUAUACAUUUGAAGAACUAAAUAAUACUACAAUCAAAUUAUGGCAAAUCAGCAUUUUAGUACUAAUCUGGAUUGUACUUUGGAAAAAGCUGCACAUUAUAUAAGGGAAACAUUUAUAUGUUCAUUUGACAGAAUAUGCAAAUUGCUGUAAUUUUGCUUAAGUAAUAGUCUGUUUUGAAUAUAUACUUUUUCAGAUAACAUUAUUUACAUUUCUAAUAAUGUUUUCAUAAUAGUUAAGUUAAUAUAGUUGCUUUUCCCAAUCAUUUCUUAUUGGGGUCAACAUGACCCCAAUUGGUAAUCCAUUCGUGUAAAAUAUGUUGGUCGUAGGCUAUUAUGAGGGUUAAAUGAAACAAAUAUGAUUGUGAUAUUUAUUAGGCGUAUGCAGGAUAUGUGCGCUCAGUAGCCUAAUCACCCAUUGUUUCUACUGUGUGCGAGCGCCGCUGUGCGGCUACAGGCCUUAACACCUGUCGUCAGCAGUAUUUACGUUGAUCAGGAGUGACAUGAGCUGCACAACAUGAUACCAGAGGCUAGUUAUGAAGCCAAGAGCUACAGAACUGUUACAUCCAAUAAUUAUUAAUUUGACUAUGAUUUGACAAGACUUAAAGAGCUCACAAUAUGCACUGUCCGGGUCCGGAGGAUAUACAACCAAAUUCUGAGGCCUAUAGUAUGUAUGUGCGUAUCCUACACAGCAGAUGGCAGCACAACGCAAACUGUUCAGUAAAUCUGCCUGACGGAACCGAACAUGCACAGUAGUAGAAACAUUAGCGAACAGCUGAUACAAUGGCGCCACUGGACCUGGAUAAAUACGCGGAGAUUGCCAAGCAGUGUAAAUAUUUACCUGAAAACGACCUCAAGAGGUUAUGUGAUUAUGUAUGUGACCUAUUGCUGGAGGAAUCCAAUGUCCAGCCUGUGUCCACCCCAGUGACUGUGUGUGGAGAUAUACAUGGACAGUUUUAUGAUCUGUGUGAACUCUUCAGAACCGGAGGACAGGUCCCAGACACAAACUAUAUUUUCAUGGGUGACUUUGUUGACCGGGGAUAUUACAGCUUGGAGACAUUCACAUACCUGCUGGUGUUAAAAGCCAAAUGGCCUGACCGCAUCACGCUUUUAAGAGGAAACCACGAAAGCAGACAAAUAACCCAAGUAUAUGGCUUUUAUGAUGAAUGCCAAACCAAAUAUGGGAAUGCCAAUGCCUGGCGCUACUGUACCAAAGUGUUUGAUAUGUUAACAGUUGCAGCGCUGAUGGAUGAGCAGAUUCUGUGUGUUCAUGGGGGCCUCUCCCCAGACAUAAAGACCCUGGACCAAAUCAGAACCAUUGAGCGUAACCAGGAGAUCCCCCACAAGGGAGCAUUCUGUGACCUUGUCUGGUCAGACCCCGAGGAUGUCGACACCUGGGCCAUCAGCCCCAGGGGAGCUGGGUGGCUGUUUGGUGCAAAGGUCACCAAUGAGUUUGUUCACAUCAACAACUUGACGUUGAUCUGUCGGGCACAUCAACUAGUCCAUGAAGGUUACAAGUUCAUGUUUGAUGAGAAGCUGGUCACGGUCUGGUCAGCUCCUAACUACUGCUAUCGCUGCGGCAACAUUGCCUCCAUCAUGGUCUUCAAAGACGCCAAUACGAGGGAGCCCAAGCUGUUCCGGGCAGUGCCCGACUCAGAGAGAGUCAUUCCACCCAGAACAACGACACCAUACUUCCUGUAAACACUGCACUAACUAUCAUCAUCAUCUUUGGCCGCACUGUUAUCAAGCACCACAUUUGUAAUGCAUCACAUACAGUGGAGUGACAACAACUCCCGUUGAAGUGACACCACUGAUUAUGUCAUCCAUAUUUUACCAGUGGAGGCUGCUGAGGGGAGGACGGCUCAUAAGAAUGGCUGGAAUAGAGCCAAUGGAAUGGUAUCAAC